UGAGCCUAUUGGAAGGGAAUGUACAGCUGUGCGAGGCAGCUGGAUCACUGCUUGGCUUGCUUCAACAGAGCAAGAGUCCAAGCUCACCCUCUCACCCAGUAUGAAGAGGUGCAAAUCGGAUGAGCUGCAGCAGCCAGAGGAAGACUCCACUGGGGCUGAAGAUGUUCCCAUCCUGGCUACCAUGGAUGCCAAGCCUGGGGAUUCAACUGCUGCCCUGUCAGAUUCAGGCGCAUCUAAUCCAAACCCUGCCCUGCAUCCUGCCACUCGGAGCAAGCCUCCUGAUUUAAAGAAGAUACAACAGCUGUCUGAGGGAUCUAUGUUUGGCCAUGGCCUCAAGCAUCUUUUCCAUAGCCGCAGACGGUCCCGAGAACGGGAGCACCAGAACUCCCAGGAGUCAUCACAGCAGCAGCACCAUGUCAUGUCUGAUCAUGACUCUCCUGAUGAGAAAGAACGCUCUCCUGAGAUGCACCGAGUCUCCUAUGCCAUGUCUCUCCAUGAUCUCCCAGCCCGACCCACUGCCUUCAACAGGGUAUUACAGCAGAUCCGCUCUCGUCCUUCCAUCAAGAGGGGGACCAGCUUGCACAGCGGCAGUCGCCGAGCCAAGAGUAGCUCCCUGGAACCCCAGAAAGGCAGCCCUCAUCUUGUCCGCAAGGCUCCCCAGGACAGCAGCCUCACAGCAAUACUUCAUCAACACCAAGGGCGACCAAGAUCUUCAUCUACCACAGACACUGCUCUCCUUAUGGCUGAGGGAGGGACUGUUUACCUCCUUGCAGAAGAGUCAGAAUGUCUCACUGAUAAGUUGGAUAAAGGGGACACGAGCCAGCUCAGUAUACCGUCCAACACAAGCCAUGGUGAUGCUGAUGGAAACAUCUGCCUUGAUGUUCCAGAUGGCAACCCAGACCCACAGAGAACAAAAGCUGCCAUUGACCAUCUUCACCAGAAAAUUCUCAAGAUCACUGAGCAGAUCAAGAUUGAGCAGGAGGCACGAGAUGACAAUGUGGCUGAGUAUCUGAAGCUUGCCAACAAUGCUGACAAGCAACAAGCCUCUCGUAUCAAGCAGGUCUUUGAGAAAAAGAACCAGAAAUCAGCUCAGACCAUUGCCCAGUUGCAUAAGAAGCUUGAGCACUACCACAAAAAGCUAAAGGAAAUUGAACAAAAUGGACCCUCACGUCAGCCCAAGGAUGUCUUCCGGGACAUGCAUCAGGGCCUCAAGGAUGUAGGGGCCAAUGUCCGCUCUAGCAUCAGUGGCUUUGGAGGGGGUGUGGUGGAAGGUGUCAAGGGUGGACUGUCAGGCCUUUCCCAAGCCACACAUACAGCUGUGGUCUCUAAACCCCGUGAGUUUGCAAGCUUAAUCCGCAACAAAUUUGGCAGCGCAGAUAACAUUGCUCACUUAAAGGAUACUUUGGAUGAUGGGCACCCUGAAGAGGCCUCACGGACUCUCAGUGGAAGUGCCACAUUAGUGUCGAGUCCUAAAUAUGGCAGUGAUGAUGAGUGCUCCAGUGCCACUUCUGGCUCAGCAGCAGGUAGCAAUUCUGGGGCAGGCCCUGCUGGUUUAGGCAGCCCCAAAUCUAACACCUUGGACAGUCACCACUAUAAUUUUGAUACAAUCAUAGAAGAACUGCGGGAGAUAAAGGACAUUCAGUCACACCUUGAGGAUUCCAUGGAAGACCUCAAAGCCCAGCUACAACGAGACUAUACUUACAUGACUCAGUGCUUGCAAGAGGAGCGUUACAGAUAUGAGCGCCUGGAAGAGCAACUUAAUGACCUGACAGAACUUCACCAGAAUGAGAUGACCAAUCUCAAACAGGAAUUGGCUAGCAUGGAGGAGAAGGUGGCUUACCAGUCCUAUGAGAGGGCCAGGGACAUUCAGGAAGCUGUGGAAUCCUGCCUGACCCGCGUCACCAAGCUAGAGUUGCAGCAGCAACAGCAGCAGGUGGUGCAGCUGGAAGGCGUGGAAAAUGCCAAUGCCAGGGCCCUGCUGGGUAAAUUCAUCAAUGUCAUCUUAGCCUUGAUGGCUGUGCUGCUGGUCUUUGUGUCCACCAUCGCCAAUUUCAUCACGCCUUUGAUGAAGACCCGCAUGCGCCUCUUGAGCACCACUUUGCUAGUGAUUUUUCUCUUCCUCCUCUGGAAACACUGGGACUCCAUCACUUAUCUCCUGGAACAUGUCCUGCUUCCCAGCUGAUUCCUCUGCCAGCCAGAUGCCAGGGGUUGUGGGGCAUUUCUUUCUUCCUGCAGAGAGGGGGCAGAAAUGUGGAGGCUUCCAAUUCAGUUUCUUUGUUCAUUCAGAGUAUGUACCCCUCACUUGCUUUUCUGGCACAGCCAUCUUUGUACACAUCCAACACCAUCUCAGCAGUAGGGAGUGUAGUUGCAUCACGGCUUGUGAGAGGCCAAAUAAUUACUCCUCUGAGAUGCCUUUGCAAGGGAUUACAGAGAGGCAGGUGAAGUUUAUAAAGAGCUCUGAUAGCCUUCCUUUAAAGCAGACGAAGUGAUGCUGAUGACAAAGCAGAUCUCUAGAGGAAGAUUGUUUUGUUUUUCCUUUCUGAGAAGGAUGGUGAAAAGCUCAUUCUUGAGCACAAGAAUAACCUCUGAAGGCAAAAGUUCAGCACUGAAGGUGAACUUUGUUGAAAAUUCCUGCCCCAUAGGAACCUGCACAGAAUUGAAGGAAUAGAAUGUACAUAUCACACCAGCUUAUCCAAAUCACAAGGAUAUUUAAUUUCCAUUCCUGUAGAACAGCCAAUAUGCCCAUAAGUAUAGUUGGGGCAUUUUAGUACAAAAGAUUUGUCAUCCUUGCUGGUUGUUUUUACCAAUUAAGUUAUCCUCAGCUGAGGCAGGAUCUAAGAAGAAAGUAUCUACCAUUCUGGUGCAAGCAAACUCAACACCUUUGGCUGGAUUUGUUUUGUUUCUUCUUUUUGCUUUAGUAUGUUAUCUUCAGGGAUUUACAAGAAAUUAUGAUAUUGCCUCGGCAGAUCUUAGAAGCUUUUCAAAUGUGUGUGUGUGUCUUAAUUUAUUGAUUUCAGAGUUCUGUUUCCAUUUUGGAAUUGUGCACUGGGUAAAAAUUCAGUUGCCUUUACAUCGUCUAUAGUCUUAGAGAAAAUAUAGCUUGGAGAGGAGCUUUUUUGAAUGGUUUCAUUCAAAAGCCUCUGUGCAAAUCAGUUAGUUUUCAGGGUUUUGGCAAGGGUUUACCAAACUGCACCAAGAGAAAAUUUACCUGUUACUUGCUGAAAGAGGCAAUUCAUCAUCUUGGCACAUUCAAGCAAUGUUAUUUACAGGGCAAUGCUAUAGUUGAACAAAGUCCCUGGAACAUGGGAUCAGGUUCUUUGAUGGAGAUUUUCUCAUGAAAGGGAAAAUGGGUUCUGUUAUGGGUUCUGCUGCUCUUCUGUAUUUUUUGUUCCAAGAAAUCUAAACAAGCUAUUAUUUACACUAUUUUGUUUUAUAGUAAAACUAUCAGGGCUUGGCACAAUUUGAAGGCUUAAAAUGAAAUUAUCUAGCUGAGGUAUUCAUAUCUGAUGAUGCCAUUUUUGAAAGUACAUUUGCUGGCAAACGAGAGGUGUCAUCAUACAUUAGACCCCAGAUGUGGCUACUCAAGGGAUGCUGGGAGACCAGAAGCAGGCUGUCCAUUACAAAAAAUCAGGCUGCAUCUAUAUGUGCAAUGGAAUGGGGUGGAAAAGUCCUGAAAUGAUACAACUGACUGUACCACUUCAGACUUGGAAGGGGUUAACAUGUUUUUAAUAUUGUUUAUAUUUAAAAAAAUAAAAUCCAAACUCUAGAAUCUAAUAUAGCAGAGAGUGGGCUAGGCUAGAACCUCCUACUUGAUUUGCCAGUUUUCUACUUAUAAGGGGUCCCCCCUUCAAAUACAUGGAUUUUUGGAAAAUGGUGUUCUUCACCCACAGUUCUGCGUGGUUCUGCAUCAUUUAUAAAUCUGACCUUAAUUUGAAUGUAGGCAGCUGGCCUACUGCACAUUAAGAACAUGCUUGUGUAAAUUUGUCACUGGAUAGAUUUUUGGGCUGCUGUCAAAUGGGUAUGUAAAAUAACAAAGAAAGGCAGUUUUAGGCCAAGAAGUACUAGCAUUAUAUUUGAGUAUCCCAUAUUUUCUGUAAUUGCUGACCCAUUGUACUCUAUGACCCUUUUCAUCUAGUACAAAUGUCUGAGACAGGAGAUCCUAGAAUCCAAAUGUUGCCAGAUUUCACACAGUGGAGGAGAUUUGUGUCGUUUGAAUGGAAGGAAGAGUUUUGGCAAAUUCAGUUCCCACCACCACAACUCUACAGUAGGGGAAAAACAGCUGAAAUUAUUCUUAGAAGUAUUAAAGAAAGAAAAAACAGUCAGUGACUUGGUUUUCCCUUUAUGCUGGACUUUUCCACUACCUACUUAUAAAUUUAUCCUUUGUUUUGCAAGAUAUCAUUUCUGAUUUUUACUGUGUAUUUUUCUAGAAAGGAUAUGGUUUCAAAUUAAAUACUUGUGAAUGGUUCUCAAAACAUGCAGUUUACUCACUUCUUGCACCUAAAAAUGGAGAGAAGUUCAUUUUUAAAAAUUUCUUUCAUUAGGAUACAAGGUCAGCCAACAGAGAGAAGUAGCUUAAAUUUUUAGCUAAAGUAACUGAGCCUCAGAACAACUCAUAUCCUCCCAUUGGCACCAUGUUGUGUAGGAUGGAUGGAUAGCAUGUGUAAGGAGCUGGCCUUUCCUAAGGAAGCCUCUGUUGACAGCCUCCUUUCAAAGGCACAAUAAUAUCUUUAAUAAUGUCCAGAGAUGUGAAGACCCUGAUUUUAAAAAACAUAUUCAUUUAUUGUGUGUGUUUUCAGGAGGAGUAAGAAAACCAACAUACCUUUUCUGAUCAGUUCUGGAAAGAACUGGUUUUCUAGUGGAAUGUGCAUGGACAAUAUUUAAAAGUGAUUUUGGGAUGAGUGUUGGAUGAGUUGGGAAAGAGCUCUGAGUGAUGAGAAUACUAACAGUUCCAGAGCAUAGAUUUCUUCAGGCCUCUGUCCUCAAGAAAAGAUGCAGAUGAGUGGGAUUGUAGCCUUUAUCUUCACUGCUAUUCCUUGUGCUAACCCUGAGCCAGCCCCUUUCAGUUUAAUGGAUGGGAGGGUCAAUUGUGAUGCAGAGGAUUUGAUUGCAGUAUGGAUUUAAAGCUACUACUGUUCACAACUUUAUUUGUAUUUUUUGUAAAUGGGGCUAGAGGAGAGUUCCUGUCAGUAGGAGGAGGUCAUAGCCAGGGUACAUUUUACAAAAUUGAAAAUGUAUUAAAAGUGCAGUUUGUUACGGAUCUUUUUCACGGUAAGCUGUUCAUGCCCAUAAUCCUCCCACCCAUGUAGAUUCUGUGAAAAACUGAGUAUUUUUUAAUGGUAUGAUCAAAUGUGGAGUGGUAAAACAAUGGCUGGGUGAUGUUCCCUGGCUUGUGUGCACCAGAAGCAAACAAUUGCAAUAGUCCUUUGUGGCCUUAGAAUCAUGAUUCCAUGAUUUAUUUAUUGAUCUUAGAUCAACUGACAGUUUUUCUCCCCCAUCCCAGCUCUUUCGCCCUGCCUUUAUAAAGGGGAGGGGGGGACAUGUGCAAGCACACUGCAUUUCACUGGAAAUGUAAAUCAAAAGUAGCUUAAACUACUUCCAUGCCAUCAUCAUACCUCCUGUACUUGUCUGUAGGUAUGGAGGACUUCCAUGUCCAUGGGUGCAACCUGAAACAGUAUCCAACACGCAACACUUGCAGUGCUCCCCUGGCACUUCAUGGCUGGAGUAUUGUGGUUGGCAGCAUCAUAUGAUCAUUGCAAUUGUAUAAUCAAGCCUGUGAUGAUUGCAUGAAAGAUGUUUCUUGCAAAUUAGCUGCUAGUGGUUCCACAUACGCUGUGCAUAGAAGAACCACAUGGUUUUGUAGUUCUGUUAAAUUUUCAAGACUGUGGUGGUCUUCUCUCACAGAGGAAGCCCAGGCCCACACCAUGGCAUAACCAUUUUCUGAUACUGUUUGACUGUAUUUAUUAUGUAUGCUUGAAUCUUUCCCCACCACUGCUCCUUUAAUUCCCUUUGGGAAGCCCAUCCUAAGGAAGCACUGGUUUCAUUUCACUAUAUUUUUCCAUUCACUUUUUUGAAUAAAAAGAGUUUUAAAACAUUGGCGAAAGAGAA